AAUUUAUUGAUAUCAGACCCGGAUUGGGCCUAGCAGCUGCCGUAGAAAUAAGCGACACCAGUAGUCGUUGGGAAAUAUUUUAUUUUGCUCAACUACUAUUAGACAUCGACCGUUGUUUUUUCUUCUCCUAAUAGCUAGGCCUAAAAAAGCCUAUGGUAACUUGAAAAACGAUUGAUGUUUUUGAAAAUGUCGCUAGUAUUUAAACUGACAGUUUUAGUAAUAGUCUGUGGAUUGACACAUUCUAAUGUCACAGAUGUAUAUACAACUGAAAAUACAACUGAUAUUGAUGAUGGCAAUUCUACGGAUGCACUCUCAAGGACAGACAUCAUCGCAAUAACCGUUGGAUGCUUCAUGACUGCUGUUUUCAUCGUGGUCAUAAUUUUAGAUUUCACGUGUCGCGAAUAUGACAACACUGAAAAAAAUGCCGUCAUCUCAAGAAGUAAAAAAACCAAUAAUGGAGACGAGAUUGGUGUAGUCCUACAGGAUUUACCUUAGAGUGAAAUCUGGAAAAGAUCCUGCUUUUCAGGAGAAUUUUGUAUUUUGCCCAUGUGUCAAGCAAAAUAGUGCAAUAUUUACCAGGAAUGCACAUGGCCACAAUCGGUCAAAACGUGCAUCUAUUAGGCCUACAGUAGACUACCUACCUACCUACCUACAGUAGACUUACUUGACGAGACACAUUGUAGGCCUACUACUUCUCCAGUAAUUUUGCUGGGAUUUGCACAUUGCCUGUGAGACGCCAUAUAAACUGAAAUUGAGCAAGUCCAGUAAUAUUCGAAAAUAUGCAAAUUAACUAUAGCAUAGACCGUCCGUAGUACAACUAGAAUACCGUAUGUUUUGUAGUGAGCCUAUUGCUGCAAAACACAUUCAACACAAGAAACUGAAAAUCACAUAGAAUUUUACAUUUGUAUGUGAUAUAUUUUAAAAUGUAUUUAUGUAUAUUGUAUUUAACUAGGAACCUAUAAAAAUCCACAUCCGAGAGAUCUGUUUAAGUGAGUUUUCUUAUGACAUCUAAAUAUUUUGCUGUGCGUGGUAAUAAUCAUUAUGAUUGACAGUAACUGCUGGGAGACAAUUGAUAAUACAGUAUAAAACUUGUAAAAGCAUGCAAAUAUCAUCAUGAAUUUGCGGGAGAUGUUUUAUUUCGGAAGAUUUGUGCUUGCUUGCGGACCAGAAUGCGUUCUUCAUGCCAAUUUCCAGGAGACCCAAUUCCUGGACUCUACAGGAUACUUGGGACUCCUGGGCACUAAAUGUGGUCUUUAGAUUUUUCUAUUUAGAGGGAAAUUAAAAAUAAUAGGCCUAAAUUAAAUGUUUUAAAAUGGUUU